AUGGAGGAAACAGCUGGGCGGGCAGCCCAGGAGGAGAUCGGAGGGAUGCAGAGCAGAGGCAGAGCCUGCCACCCUCCCUUUCUCCCAGUGCUGGGUUUUUCCAGCCAGAGCCUCACUCCCUCUACUGCAAUCUCUGGAAAUUGGUGUCUGACGUGGCUGCUCCUGCACGUUAUUUAUUUAUUUCCUUCUUUGCUCCCGCCGAGACCCUCCUGUCAGAAGGAGAGCGGCAGUCCGGGAAGGAGACAGCCAGGAAGCUGCGGGGAUACACAGACGCAGGAAGACCAUCAGAAGCCCUCACCCCGCUCUUCUCGGGGGGCCAUGAGCACCAGGCAGGGGGCCAGAAGAGAUGAGGGAGACACUGCUGGGAGGGGACAGGAGGCACAGCUUCGAGACGGAGCCCACCUGAGCCAGCAGCGCCGGCUCAAACAGGCCACCCAGUUCCUGCACAAAGACUCCGCCGACCUGCUCCCCCUGGACAGCCUCAAGAGGCUCGGCACCUCCAAGGACUUGCAGCCGCACAGUGUGAUCCAAAGACGCCUGAUGGAGGGAAACCAGAGUCGGCUUCAGGGGGAGUCUCCCCGGGUGCAGGCCCUGAUUCAAGACCAGGAGAGCAGCAGGCAGACCAGUAGGACAGAGAUUCCAGUUCUUCUUGUCAAUUGCAAGUGCCGGGACCAGCUGCUGACAGUGGCUGUGGACACAGGCACACAGUACAAUCAGAUCUCCACUGGAUGCCUCAGCCGCCUGGGGUUAGAGAAGCAGGUCCUUAAAGCCCCAGAUGGGGGCCUGGCACCUGGGCCCCCAACCCAGGUGGAGCAGCUGGAGCUACAGCUAGGGCAGGAGACUGUGGCAUGCUCAGCCCGGGUGGUGGAUGUUGAGAGUCCUGAAUUCUGCCUUGGACUGCAGACUCUGCUUUCUCUCAAGAGCUGCAUUGACCUGGAGCAUGGAGUGCUGAGGCUGAGAGCCCCGUUCCCAGAGCUGCCCUUCCUGCCUUUAUACCAAGACCCUGGCCAGUGA